CCGAGGAAGAAGAAGCAACUUCCGACUGAAUCCGGUAAAAGCCGAGGCGGUAAAAUUGAAAAGUGUUUUCUGUCAACAAACCGCGGUUAACGCCUGUCUUUGAUCGACUUUUUAAAUGAUAUCCAGUUCAUGUGUUUUAAUUUGACUCGAAUCUAAAACAAAAUGGACCCAACGACGCUGUUCUUUUCCACACUGAAGAAGCUCGCGGUGACUCUGGAGUCAGAAACUGCGAAGCUCCAGCACUCGUUUGAAAACCGUAACGACGAAGAGGACAGCGAAGCGGCUGCGAAAGGCAUGCGAGCGUACCACGAACUCAACUGUGAGGUCGUUAACCUGAAGGGGCAGACCCAGAAUCAGCUCACUCAGCAGAAAUCUCAGGAGAGUGAGGUGAGCAGCUUCAUUAAAGCCUGCAGAGUGAUGGAGCAGCGGGUUGGUGAGGACAUCCGCACGCUGAGAGGACACUGGCAAAAAUACGGCUACCAAGCACCUAUGGACGCCCCCCAGAGGCCAAGCAAGGACAAAGUUCAGGAGUCGGAGGCCGAAGAUGAAAAUGAAACUAAAUCCACACAAGAAGAAGGAGGAGAUGAUAAUGAAUACCAGGAGGAGCCUGGAGAAGAUCACGCCCCAUCAUCUCCAUCUUCGGUACCUCCAACCUCCGCUGACGUGCUCCGAACCCCACAGCUCUGUGACUUUGGCCUGUCAGAGAUGCAGCUGAAGAGAGUUCUGGCCGGAGCAGAGUGGUGCUCCGAAGUGCCACCCAUGCCCGAGAUGCGCCUCCCGCACCCGUCGCUCAGCACGCCGGUACCACCGCCCUUGCCCUUAACUCCUAAAUGUGCCCUGAGGAUGGACGACGACGAGCUGCAGACGCCCCAGAUGCAUGACUUUGGCAUCUCGGAGCACACGAUGUGUCUGAACAACGACUUCACGAUGGCUCUGCUCCAGAAGAACAUCGAGAAGCCCCAAAGACUACAAGACAAACGGGUGCCACCAAUGGGUUCUCCAACGGAGGGUUUACAGACAAAAGCAGAGGACUUGGAGUCGCCACUAACGCCCGUGUUCUGUACACCGGGUUUCAAAAUCAAAAAGACAAAAGGUCACUGCGCCCCAGAAUCACCCUGUCACCCUGGACUCUUACCCUCCACCCCCGAGGUCCCGGCCUUUAAAACCCCGUACGUGAACCGACUUGUCAGCAACAAAAAGCCUGAGCGGAUCAACAUCCAAGCUGACGACGAUGACGACAGUCGCUCCUGCAAACCUUCGUCACUUUGGGAGUACAAUGUUCCAGAGAUUUCUAUCAUGGCUUUGGAGGACAAGCAGAUGCCAGAGAUGCCAAACCUGGAGUCUCUCUUGGGAAAUUCUCUACAAAAUAGAAGUGCGAAGACCCAAAAGAAGACCAGUGCGCGUGAAACGGUGUCCAAGGAGAUGUGUGACAACAGUCUAGAGUCGGACGGGUCCUCGCAGGAGUUCAGUCUGGGAACGCCUCGCAUCAGGAUCAACUACCAGGAGCCCACUACCCCAGAGAUGCCCGACCUCAGCUCUGUCACACAGGAUAUCUGUAAACUCAUGUCUCAGGCUCAGCUGAAAAGGUCAGAGGUGGCGGUGGUGCAGACGAGGCUCAGGCCAGGAAAAGAAAACCGUGGCGUGAGUCUGUCUGUGAUCUCCGAGAGCGAGUUCCAGAGUUUGCCGGGCUACCUGAGGCAGAUGAGUCUGCACAACCUCAACCAGGCCGUCCACAACAUCAACCAGUUCACUGCCCAGUUUCCAGGAGAAAAGACAGAGCUUCAGAUGGACGAAUUGAGGAGGAUCACCAACGUUGGCGCCGUCACCCCCAUAUACAUCCUCUGCCUCACUGAGCUCAAGAGGCUGCAGCAUGUGGGCGGAGUCAGGGACACUGCUGUGUACAAACUGAGGGCUCACAAUUAAAGGUUGCAGGGAGAGGGAACACUCAUCUGAUGACAGGCUAAAAUCUGGUCUCAUGUGGAUUCACAUGAACAGGAGAUGUAACAAGAGCAAAUACAUCUGUGUAACUUUUUUAUUUGUUGUGGUUGUAAAUAGGUCUAAUAGAUGGCUAGUCCUUUAUUUGCACUUAUUUGAUUUUUAUCAGAUUUGUAAAUAAAAAAUCAUAAUAAUUACA